AUGGUCGAGACCACUCCACAGUCCUCCCAGCCAAGACUCCCGCGAGUCACCAUCCAGUUCUGCACCCAAUGUAAAUGGAUGCUUCGAGCGGCAUAUUAUGCCCAAGAGCUCCUCUCCACCUUCUCCGUCUCCCUCGGCGAGGUCGCCCUGCAGCCCGCCACAGGCGGCGUCUUUGUCGUCGAGAUUGUUACCGCUGCCGCUGCCGCCGAGCAGCCCACUACGGCUACGGAUGCGGCUACGGCAGCGUCAACGCCUGCCCGCCUGACAAAGGCCGUGCUGUGGGACCGUAAGGUGGACGGGGGGUUCCCCGAGGUCAAGGAGCUGAAGCGGCGGGUGAGGGAUGUCAUCCAGCCGGGGAGAGAUCUGGGCCAUGUUGAUCGGGAUUAUGGGCGUGGGAAUCAUGGGCAGGGACAGGGGCAGGAUCAGGGGGAGGGCGGGGAUGGGGAGGCGAAGAAGGAGGUGAAGAAGGAGGUGAAGAAGGAGGAGGGGGCGGGUGAGGAGCAGACGGGGAAGGUUUGUGGUGUUGAAGGGGGUGCGGGGUGUGAGGACUGUCAGUGA